UCGAGGAUAUCGCAAUGAAAGUGAUAACUGAAGGGGGUGCAGACAAGCUUGCUCGCAUGCUGGUGCGCAUGCCAGACAAACAGGUGGCUCACCUCGUCACAUCACAAUAGCUGACACAGCGAUCCGGAUAUAUCGAGAGAGGCAUCAAUCAUAAGCUAGUGAGAGGGGCUUGUAAACGCCUGGACAAUAUGGUGAUGUGGGUCCUAGAGGCAACGAUGGGGCUCAGAGACACCGAAGUCGAAGAAGAGUUCUUCCAAGACGACUGCCAGCCUGACCGCUUCAAGUUAAAGCCCUAUCAACAAUCCCAGGCGCGCCUGUCGACAGGAGCCGGAGGACUAGGAUUACCAGCAGCCGUUAUGCGAAGGUUCUCAGCUUCUCUGGGCAACCUAGUCGGCACCCUUCCUGCGGUUAUAGCCGCGUUACGGGGUCCAUUGGGAGAGUCGGUGAGAGUUCGGAUACCGGGAACAGUAUUGGUUGAGCGGAUGGGGGACGCUAUCAAAGAACUCAACCAGGAGCAUGGAGUAUCGGUGGAGAUUCUGAAGGGGAUCCUUCCCCCGUCAUGGGUUGAGUGGGCCUUAGAACCGACAGGAGAAACCGGAAGGCGUCAGCCCACCGUUGCAGAACUGGCAGCACACGAUGGGGAAUCUACUACGCCGAGGAAAGCCCAGCACAAACUGGGCAAGGCGGUUAAGAUACAACUUGAAAAGUUCAUGGAGUCUCUGGAGCACGUCCCUCAGGAGGCGGUACCGCCCACGCGGGACAACCCCUACGGAGGUCAAGAGGCCAGGAACAUGGCAUACGCACGAACGAGAAGCUCGCAAGGGCAAGGGGGGCACGCGUUCCUGAGAGCGGCUCCCACCGACCGAGCUCGAGAGAUUCCAUCGAACGAAUUCGUCUACGCGACGAGACGCGCCUUGGGAGUUGAAGAAUUCUUGGCGGAAAGAUGUCCCAGGUGCCACAGAGGCAGGGAACGCGAGAUCAUCACAACGGUGCACGCAAGGACCUGUCCAAGGGAUGGAGAACAGGUCAACAUGCACGAGCCGUCAAAGUACGCACUAUCGAGAGCACUCAACGGCCUUCGCGUCAAACACGACGUUGAAAGCGGGGCACCGUUCACGGGGGAAAGAAACCUGAGCAUGGACAUCGUCAUCAGGCCAGGAGCCCUCACGAACGCAUCUUCUCCGGGGUACCGCAACAAAGGAAUACUCCUCGAUGUCACACACGCAGACCCGCAAGCACAGGUACACUUGCGGAACGGCAGCGCGACCAGCGAUGGAACCGCAGCCGAAGCAUCCGAGGCGCGAAAGCGUCAGCACUAAGCUCGUCCGGGACACGUGUCCUUUGACGAACGCAGCUUUAAACUUACCACCUUAGCCGUGGAAAGCUUUGGCCGCCUUGGAGAGGAGGGUUACGAGUUCAUCGAUGAACUUGCGACACAUGCCGUGGGAGGAAGGGACGGAGGAACGAUGGCUCUGAAAUGAGUCUUCAAGGAACGACUUCUUCAGAUCCUUUCCGUGGCUACACAGGUGGCCAUAUCUCGGCGAGUGCAGAGGUACAAGCUCGCAUUGCGCGGGCGUCAAGACGCCGAAAACAGGCGAACAAGAUCGACCUCGAACCAGUCAACGCCAAUGAUAUGGGGAUGGAGUGUAGACGCAUCGUAGAACGCGUUUUCGUUUGAAGUUGGCGUCUUGUUUGAGAGUAGAUGUGACAGAUUUGCGUAGAAUAGGGUAAGAUGUUAUCAUGAACGGAGAAGAAAGGGCUUUUCCAACACGGAGAUGUAGCAUGGAUCAAAGCAUUUGUUGGAUUUCAGCUUUUACAAGUGGACAUCAACGCAGUAGUAUUUUAGCAAGCUUACGAACGCAUGUAGGAUACCAUGAGGAUUGUCAUUGGUUUUAUUUGAAAUUGAAGAGGAGAUAUUUUUGCGAUGUAAGUGACAGUAGAAAUAAGUCCUACAUAUGUUGUUGCACUUCGUAUUGGUUUAAUAUUCAUGUAGAGUAUGAGACAUUAAGUAGAAGUUUUCUGAGGUACACCUGCAAUUGUCGGAAGGCAAAAAAACAAAA